AUGCCUGAUCAGGACAAAAAGUUGAAGAGCACAGGAAAAGCAAUAAAAACAAAAGCCUCCUGGGUUUUUCCCUUUUCCUUUUCUGAUCUAAAAAUGCUUCAUUCUCUCUUAAGUGUUCAGUCAAGGAACCAACAGCUUCCAGCUAUAUAUAUUGAAAGUGGUCAAACCAGUGUGACAGGAACUUGGCAAAAUGUCAAAAGCAAUGAACAGAAGUCCAGUGGUCAAUGACAAGAAUCAACAGAAGCUGCUGAGCUUGGAAAUUUUAUUGUGACCUACAAGAAUGAGAGAAAAUUUAGCAAGCAUCCCAAGCAUCAGCUGUUUCAUGAUAUCUUUACAACUUUAGUUAAGGACAGACUUACCUGCAGGCAAUGGGUUAUUCAAGCUCCAUGCAUCCAUUUUCUUAGAGUAUUAAUCUGCCUGAGAUUAUUAAUAAGGGAUCCAUGCUACCAGGAAACGCUCCACAGCCAGGGUGGAAUUGAAAAUCUAGGUCAGUAUAUGGAAACAGUAGCAAAUCAUUAUCUUAUUUGCAGAGAAGAGCAGCAUAAUGUAGGCAAGUUGCUCAACAUGACAUAUAACUUCCAAAAGUUUGCUGCUGUUAGAAAUCAAAGAGACUGAGUUAUAGCUAGUGGAGCACACCAGACCUUAAUAAAUUUAUUGUCUGCCAGAGAUAGUCAUGUGUUUUUUGGUGUCCUCCUUGUGCUGACUCGCUUAGUAGAAUGCCCAGAAUGUAGGGAGGAGAUAAAUGAGAUUGUUGAGAACUUGCUGGUGAUAUUUCAUGAACACGAUUUUCUCUCUACCAGGAUCACAGCAGAGUUGCUAUGACUCCUUUGUGCAGAGUCACGAGUCAAAGAGCAAAUAAAAAUGUAUGUAGGAGUUCCAGUCUUGCUCAGUUUGCUCCAUUCUGAUCACAUCAAACUUCUAUGGAGAAUAGUGUGGAUUCUGGUACAGGUUUGUGAAGAUCCUGAGGCUAGUGUGGAAAUUUGGAUCUGGGAUAGAAUCAAGCAGCUCCUUCAUAUGUUACAGGAGGAAAGAAGUCUUGCAUCUGACCCUUGUAUCAACUCUUCAGUUGGAAGUUUAUCUAGGGCAAAUGCAGCAGGGAGAAUACAGUAUUUUCAUUUGUCAGAUGAGCUGAGACCGAAGGAGAUACAAGAAAAUACUUUCUCACUUCAAGCAGCUUGUUGUGCUGCAAUUACUGAAUUGGUGCUCAAUGAGAUUAAUGCUUACCAAGUUGUACAGGCAAUUGCAGUAUAUACAAUAGCAAAGCUAAUUUUAUUAAAGAAAGAAAGGAUGCUGAAAAAGCCAGUUUAUUACAGAUUAGAAUUUGAGGGCAGAUUUGGUACAGAGGAUGUAUUGAAGCAAAUCGCUGAAAGUCCUGAGAACAUGAAUCAGAAUAAGGCACCCACAAAUCAUGUAGGAAAUGAUGCAAUUUUAGAGCACCUUGGCAGUGGAGCUUUUGGAACUAUAUAUAAGGUUAGAAAACAUAAGGGACAACAUCUCCUUGCAAUGAAAGGACUGUAUCACCCAAAUGUUGUAUGGUAUUACAGAACCUUCUUGGAAAAUGACAGAUUGUAUAUAGUGAUGGGGCUCAUGGAGGGGGUGCCAUUGGGAGAACAGUUUCACUCUUUGAAGGAAAAGUAACAACAAUUUACAGAAGAGAGAAUAUGGCAUAUAUUUAUCUGACUUUGUCUAGCUCUUCAUUAUUUGCAUAAAGAGAAAAGGAUUGUUCAUUGAGAUCUCACUGUGAACAAUAUCAUGUUGGGGGAUAAAGACAAAGCUACAAUUAUUAAAAUAACUGACCUUGGCCUUGCAAAGCAAAGGCAAGAAAACUGCAAACUUGCAUAAGCAGUGGUGAUCCUAUACUCAUGUCCUGAAGUUGUAAAGGGUGAGCUGUAUGGAGAGAAGGCUGAUGUCUGAGCUGCAGGAUGCAUCCUUUAACAGAUGGCCACUCUGAGCCCACCAAUUUACAGCACCAAUAUGCCCUCCUUGGCAAAUGAGAUUUUUUUUAUUUUUCUGAUAGUAGGGGCUGUGUAUGAACCUGUGCCAGAAGGACUGUACUCUGAAAAAGUCUCAUUUGCCAUUAAGAGCUGCUUGACUCCUGAUGCAGAGGCAUGUCCAGACAUAGUAGAAGUCAGCUCACUGCUCCUGAUGAUGAGAUAUCUGGAAUUUUUAUCCACCUCUCAUCUCAUGCCGGAGAGGAAACUGGAAUGGGAGAGGAGAGAAACCCAGUGGUACUUCAUGGAGGCUAAUUGGAAUGCAGUAACUUAUCAUCAUCAACUUCCCAUUUUAUCACAAAAAAAUGAUGAGAAGUUGAGUCUGCAUCGUAGCAGCAGUGGAGUGCAGUUUUGUUUUGUCAGUUGCAAAACAGAAAAUACUGACCUUCCAGUUGUCAGUUAUCAGUCUGCAAAUGGAAAAGAUGAGGAAAGAACAUAGGAAGCAGUCCUGGUAGAGGGUGACAGGACUAUGGAGAAAGGUAGGCAUUAGCAGAAAAAGCAUCAGGAAUUUUCUCUGAAUGACAAUGAGAUAGACAUAGUGGACAAUUCAAGCAGCUCCAGUUCAAGUAAUUUGAAAGAGUCUGCUGUUGGUAUAAUUAAACAAAGUUUUAGUGUUUCUGAAAGACAGCCUCAGAAAAGCUUGGCAGGAAUUGCUGUAUCACAAAGGAAGGUGCAUCAGAUCAGUGACCCUGUUCAGCAGAUCCUUCUUCAGCUGCACAAAAUUAUCUUCAGCACUCAACUUCCUCCAGCUUUGCAAUGCAACUUGAAAGGGAGGAUGGUUGAGAGAUUCAACAAGUCCCUCUUCAGUCAGAAGAGCAAUCCUUGUAAACUGAAAUCAGAAAUCAAAAAGGUCUUGCAAUAUGCUGCUGAAUUGAUUGAACCCAAUAUCUUCACAGCAGAUUAGCAUGGGGUACAUCUUCCUUCAGGUGGAAAUAUGUUGCUUCCAGAUGAUAGAAAAGGUAUUCUUGGCACUUCUGGCAUGGCAGAAGGGAUGAUAUAUGAGCAGUUGCAGACUCUAACUGAGGAAGUUCUAGAGGAAAGUGGUAAUUACAGUUUCUCUUCUUACAGGUCAGUCUAG